UCUAGUUAUUGUAUGUCAUUUGAGUAAGAUAUUAUUAAAAGUAGGAUGCACAAAGUUAAAUUGUUACGGUGUUGUGAUUCAGUUGAAAAACAUAUAUCAAUUUAAACCGAGGUGCUGCUAAAUUCAUAUUAAAAGUAGUUAAACUGAUUACAGAUUAAGGAUUAAUCAGUAUGAUUUUAAAAUUUAUGUACUUCGGUUUUGUGGCUUGUACAUUGGUAGUUUUACUUCCUGGGGUAUGGUGUGAUGAAGGUGAUCAAUGUAUGGAAAACGAGUUGGCAAAUUGUACAAGUUCUGCUGAAAACCAGACAGAAUAUGCAUGUAUUAACAACACCUGUAUCCUCAAAAAUGGGUACAACGAAACUUGUAAUUUGCCCACUCAACCUUGUUUGGCACCACUGGUAUGUUCAGAGGGGCGAUGUGGUUGUAACACCACCGAAUACUACUCUAAUUCCAGUAAAGGGUGCGAAAAAAAAAAUGGGUACAACGAAACUUGUAAUUUGCCCACUCAACCUUGUUUGGCACCACUGGUAUGUUCAGAGGGGCGAUGUGGUUGUAACACCACCGAAUACUACUCUAAUUCCAGUAAAGGGUGCGAAAAAAAAAAUGGGUACAACGAAACUUGUAAUUUGCCCACUCAACCUUGUUUGGCACCACUGGUAUGUUCAGAGGGGCGAUGUGGUUGUAACACCACCGAAUACUACUCUAAUUCCAGUAAAGGGUGCGAAAAAAAACCAGGUUAUGGUGAAAACUGUAUAGCAACACCAGAUAACUGUAAUGUAGGUAAUGGCAGUUGUUUUACUAACGAUACAAGCUCAACAUGUAGAUGUAAUGAAAUCUUUUAUAGACAUGAUAAUCAAUGUGAACCAGAACCAGGUUAUGGUGAAAACUGUAUAGCAACACCAGAUAACUGUAAUGUAGGUAAUGGCAGUUGUUUUACUAACGAUACAAGCUCAACAUGUAGAUGUAAUGAAAUCUUUUAUAGACAUGAUAAUCAAUGUGAACCAGUGUUGGCUUUGCAACCAAGCGGUUUUGCUGUCAAUGCUACAACAGCUGAAUCAAUAAGAUUAUCCUGGAGUGUAUCCAGUAAUAACGUAAUAAAGGAAUUUAUCAUUAGUGAAAAUGGAAUUUAUUUCAAAAAUACAACAAUCAACGGAACUACAACAGCAAUCACGAUUCCAGGAUUACGUCCGGGAACUAGAUAUGAUAACUUAACAGUUAUAGCAAUUGUUAAUACAGAUAGAGGAAACGUACCCGUUAUGUCUGAAACUAUCAGCGAUACAACCAAUCCUGGCAAAGCUGGAAAGAUAAAGACAAAUAAGACAGAGACGACAAUAAAUAUAUCUUUCUUGUCACCCAGUGAAGGGGAAGUAGAUUAUUACCUAGUUUCUGUGUCAUCUAACAGCAUGGUUUUCAAUGUUUCAAUUCCUAAUCUCUCUCUAAAUGCCUCUACACUUGAAUCAGGUCAAAGCUAUAACAUCAAUAUUACAACAUAUUAUUACAAUAAACCUGGAGAAGUCUCUAUGCAAACGUUUACAAUUCCAUCAGGUUAUGGAGAAAAUUGCAUAUUAUCAUCAGAUAGUUGUACCGUUAUUAAUAGCAGCUGUUAUGAUGACGGUAACAGUACACGCUGUAGAUGUAAUACCAGUUUUUAUACAGAUAAUAAGCAAUGCAAAUCAGUGGUGUCUUUGAAACCAAAACAUCUUGCUGUCACUGCUACAACAGCUGAAUCAAUAACAUUAUCCUGGAAUGUAUCCCGUAGUGACGUAACAAAGGAAUUUAUCACCAGUGCAGUUGGUAUGAAUAUCAAAACUACACCAAUGGACGAAACUAUGUUUAAAACCACCAUUCCAGGAUUACGUCCGGGAACUAGAUAUGAUAACUUAACAGUUACAGCAAUUGUUAAUACAGAUAGAGGUGAAGUAUCCGUUAUGUCUGAAACUAUCAGCGAUACCACCAAUCCUAGUAAAGCUGGUUCUUUAUCUCCUUAUAAUAUCUAUGAUACGACUAAGACAAUGAAUAUAAGCUUUGAACAACCACGGUAUGGUGUUGUUGAUGAAUAUCGGGUGAACAUAGGACGACGAGGAUUAGAGGUUGAUAUCAAUCAAACUGCUAAAAUCGCCAGUAUUACAAUAUCUCCUAAAACUCUGUUACCUGAAACACAGUAUACUAUCACUAUUAUAACUUAUUAUAAUAAAAGAGCUGGGGAAGUUUCUAAACAAACGUUUAAAACAAUGGCAGUACCUCCAGAAACACCAGUUGUGGCGAUAGUUGUCAGCAUCAUUGUUAUAUUGCUGGUAAUUCUGAUCAUCAUCGGGGCUAUAAUCUGGUAUAGACGUCGACGCACUUCGCAUAAUACAGAGAAUAGUAUAAGAAUGAGAGAAGUAACAAUGGCGACAAAUCCCAUUAAAUUGAAGGAUUUCUCGUUUCACCUAAAAACAAUGGCAAAAGAUGAAGGGCUUCAAUUUUUAAGUGAGUUUGAGGAUAUCGCAGAAUGUAGUCCUGAUUAUCCAAAGGAAGUUGCUAAGCUGGAAAUAAUUGGACCGAAAAACCGUUAUAUGGAUAUCUUACCAUUUGAUAAAACUCGGGUUAAACUCACCACCAUAGACGAAGAUAAAACGACAGACUAUAUUAAUGCUAACUUUAUACGAGGUUAUACUUCAGAUAUCGAAUAUAUCGCAGCUCAAGGGCCUUUAGCCGAAACAGUAGAUACUUUUUGGCGGAUGAUUUGGGAACAUAAUGUAUAUAUCAUUGUCAUGUUGUCAAAUUUUGAAGAAGAUGGCAGGCCCAAGGUGUACAGAUACUAUAGCGAUAACGGUAAUCCAACGCAGUAUGGGAGUAUCAGCGUCAAACUUCAGCAGAAAUCAAACUUUUAUGCCACUGGCAACCCAGAAAACACUUUUCAAGUUCAAACAUUUGAAAUAAGAAAGGAUAACGAAGAAAGAACAGUUCGACAUUUUUUUCUGCCGGGGUGGGUAGAUUUUGGGGCUAAUCUGGAUCCAGCAGAUGUCUUAGAAUUUAUUCAACGUGUUCGUCAAGAAAUCAAUCCUGUUUCCCAAAGACCUUUACUGGUGCAUUGUAGUGCUGGCGUAGGUCGUACUGGAACAUAUAUUGCAUUAGAUAUUCUUCAGCAGCAUAUCAAUCGGUUAGACAUGUCAGAAGAAAUAGAUAUACCGGAUUUGGUGGUGAGAUUAAGAUGUUGCCGUUGCCGAAUGGUUCAGUCACUUAAACAAUAUAUGUUCAUCCAUUAUGCAGUCAAUGAAAUUAUCGAAAACAAAUUGGGAAAUCGGACCAACCAUGCUGCCGGUACUCCUUGGUUAAAUGGUCAAACAACUCAAUAUUAUUGUGUUGACAAUGGGCUACCAACACCUGACCAAAACACUGACGGUCAUAGUUUGAUGGUUACAGGCUCGGGUCCUGACAACGUAAAGACGGAAGAUGUGAAAACAGAGAAGCCCAGUGACCAAGGGGUAAACACAGAGAAGCCAAGUGACCAAGAGUUAACGACAGACAAGCCCAGUGAACCAGAGGUAACGACAGAGAAGGCUGAUAAACAAGUGGAGGAAUCGAGUACUUUGCAGGAUCGACCUAAAGUAACAUACAUCAAUAUAGGAGAUCGAGUUUCACUUAUUACCAAAAGCACAGAAACUGACCGAAACAAUGAUAGCUCUGUCCCAGAUAAUCAUUUUCAUGACAAUCCAACUUUUGUGGCAGAGGAUGAUAUUAAACUUAAUAUGGAAACAGAGACAUCUGUGCCUGGUGUUUAAAGAACCAAAGACUUCGCUGAUGCUGUAUACAUUUAAUUACCGAAUAUAUUAACAUAGUUUAUAUUUAUUGUUAAUCUGUGAUAUUCACAAUUUUAUAUUAAAAGUUUGUUAUUGUUAUUAGUUGUUCUAUUAUUCUUAAUACAUGAGAUACUAUUAUUAUGCUUAUUAUUGUUGAUAAUGUUAUUGUACUGGUAGUUUCCUUGUCUGUCUGUCCGUCCGUUCAUACGUUAUGUAUUUCACGAUUAUCACGGAGGUUUUUUAUAAGUUGACUACUUUACAGAAUAGAAGACGACUGGUUAUUUUGAAUUCCAGCAAUUACUCCCCUUUAUUUUUUAAAUCUUAUGUUAUGUUAUGUGCCCACUGUUUUUAUUAGUUAGGCGUAUAUUUUCGUCUGUCAGUUCACCCGUCUGUCUAUUUAAACGUUAUAUAUGCGAUGAUUAUGAUGGAGUCUUUUUAAAGUUUUAAUAGACUGUUCAGCUUAUUGAAUUGAUUUAUUGAUUUCCGAAAAAUUACUCCCUGAGUUACCCCCCUUGAUUUUUUUAAAUAAUAUAAAAUUUGAAUAAUUGUUUGCUCAGCUUAUUGAACAAAAGAACUUGAGUCUACAGAAAUGUAUCACUGUCACUAAACAAAUAUAAUAUAAUUACAUUUCAAUAAUAGGCCUACGAUAUUCAAAAUAAACUUAGAUUCCUCUAAAAAUUAUGGCAAAAACUUUCUUAAAGAUGCAUUAUGUAAGACAUAAAUCUACCUAAUUAUAGACCUUUCAUAGAAACCAUGAAUUAGACAUAUAUUCACAUGCCAAGCCCAUAAUCAACUCUCUAGUCUCUAGAGCAUCGGAUGGUUUUGAUUUUCAACGGAACCCAAUUUAAUAAUUUCAUUAAAUCAUGGAUAAUCGAGACUUUGUUUAUUACCGUAACAACGGUAGCAAUGGCAAUCGAGACUACACUGUUUUUCAAACUCCGCUCAAAAUGAAGUUAUUAUGUCCAUUCUUGUGUUCUAUAGCACACAUCUUUAAAUAUAAAGAGAAGGGAAGUAUUUGUGUCAACCCUGUCUUGUGUUCAUAUGUUGAAUUCCCAAUUAUUCUGUGUAUAUAACUAUGCAAUUACUCUUUUUGUUUUCAAGCACCUGUUUUAUGGAAUAAUCUACCGUUUAAUUUAAGAUGCUGUACAUCUCUAAAACUUAAAACACAUUUAUUUAAUCCGGCUUUUAACUGACUGUAUACAAUUGUUAACAUGUCCAUAAUCUUGUUGUUUCUUUAUGGUUACAUUUUCACAUUGUAAAGUGCCCCUGAACAUGUUAUAUGAAAGGACGCACUAUAAAUAUGCUGUAAUAAUAAUAAUAAUAGUAGUGUUGUAUAGCCUAUUUGUGUAUAUAUAUUAAGUUUAUCAUUUUGAGUAAUUCUUAACACAUUGCUAUUUUAAAUAUCGUUGGUCUAUUUGAGCGAUAAGAUUGGUUAGGCUCUUAAAAUGACAGUCAAUAUAAUAGUCCUCUAGAUCUGAUUACCGCCUGUACAUAACCAAGAUAGAUCCUCCUGCCAGAAGACGUAGUCUUGUUUCUUAUAAUUAAACACCUUUGGGAAAUAAUUGAACUUCAGUGAUCAGUGCUACAAUACUUUUUAAAUAAUUUAUGUGAAUUAGUUUUUAGUCAUGUAUCCAUUAAAGAACAAGCCGUCCCCGAUGAUCAUCUAGCGCCAUAUAUUAAUAAGUGUAAUCAAACUAUUUAAUUAACGAUAAUUCUGUAGAAUAAAUAUUCCAACCCAA